AUGAUCACAGGUUCUGCCGACAUUCCAAAUUCGAUGGCUAGCGGAGCGAAUCUGACUGUCGUGUGUAAUGUUGCUCGCAUUCAAACUGCUACCCACCUCAUGACGACCGCCAAAGCGAUGGAGGAGAUCACUCUUUGGCUGGAGAGAUCGUUUAGACAUGACUUCCCAACCCCGACAACAGGGGAGAACCCGAUCAAGGACGAGAAGGGUUCCGCGCGAUCUUUGAACUUUGCCCUGUACUAUCGCGUCGUGUCGAUCGAGAAUCACCUACAUAUGGACGAGGUUUUCAGCGGUUACACCUCCCAAGAUGAAUCCUUUCAUGACGGCGAUCACCACCCCAAGCAAGACUCCUUUGAUGAUGAGGCCGAUGAUGCUGCAGAUGGCCUGUCUGACGAUGAGGAGGAGCCGGCACAACCUCCAGUUCCCCUCAUGAACACACGAGCUUUAAAGCGAGGGUUGGAAGGAAGGGAUGUUACUGGAAUAGUUAGGGAAGUCCUUGACUUCAUGAGCUUGAAACAAAUCAAUUUACCACUGUUUCUCGAAGCAUUGAGUUGGGGUGAUCCUGGGUGCCAUUCAGAUGCAAAGGUUCAAUAUGCAUGGACUGUGCUGAUGGUCAGCGACGAACUUCCUGGGAUUCUAGAGCGAUGGUACAACCCCCCAGAGGCUCAAGAAAGGGAAAGGGGAAGAGACCAGCAGGAGCUCAGCAGGUACUUUGCAACUUCACAAGAAAGUGUGUUGUCGACUGUGUAG